AAAUAAGAAGGAAAACGGAACGGUAGAAUUGAUCUACAUAUCGAUUAUAAUAUCUUGCCAUAAUUGCAGGCAAACAUUUCGUCACAGCGUUUACUCGUAUUUUUCUAAAUGCGCGUCGAGUAGACGGAGGAAAAUCGCGUUUAGUAUUCCGUUGCUGUGGCUAGCAUCCGGUUAAGUGGCGACAGCCGCUCCCACCGAUCGCGUGCGCACACAAAUCGUGUUAGUCGCGUCGUGGUGCCGCGAUUCUCCGAUUCCAUUUCAUUUUCUCCGAUCCUUGACGAGAAAGGAUCGGGUCAACCAUGAUUUCGCCAAGAUCCUGGCAAACGAGCCAGGGUAGAGACGUUUCAUACUUAUUUAUUUCCUAUUUAAUUCCAAUCGAUUUAUCUUUUCUCGAGACUCGAUUUAAUUCGGUGUAUUGUUUGUUCGUUUUUUUAUCCAACGUAAACAACACGUUUGACGAAACGAUAAACGAUCGUGAUUAAAAUUAAUCGGUCAUCUGAAUGCAGACGAAUCGUGAUCGCGAUAAAAUUCGUGGAAAAACAGGUAGGUCGACGAAAAUGAUCGGAACGAUACGGGUGCGAGAUUUGGAAGAAAGGAAAAAAAAAAACUGAGUAAAAAUAAGAAAUAACGAUCGAGAAUGAUGGGAUUGAUCGUUGAAAAUGCAGAGGAAGGUUGAUAAAUAAAUAGGCGAUGAUAGGUUGAUUCGCCAGAGUUUGGGAAGCUACGAGUCGUACGAGUACGUAAACAAGCGCGAAUACACGGAAUACACGCGCAUGGAUAUGUACGGAUGUACGCGAAUGCCCAAGUGGAAGAGAGUUUAAAGCUUUCGAGUGUAGAGAAGUGUACGUAUAAAUAGGUGGGAAGGGAGGGAUGGAGAUGGGAAACGGAGAAAGAGGAAAGAGAAAAGGGAGCAACGUACACAGGCUUUCAGGGUUAAAGAGGGAGAAAAGAACGGCUGCAUCGCGACUGGCUGGAAAGGCAGCGUGUUUACACGGUUAGUGGGGGUAGGUGGUACCCGCGUCUCAGCUGAGCGUAGUAGUAUAGAGGUAGAAGACUGACGCGAGGGCGAGUUAGUUGCGAAUGAGCGCUCGUCGGGCGAGCGUCGUUACGACGUCGUUGCGGUCGAUAAUGUCAUCUCGUGAUCGACGAGCAGCCACUGGAUAUUGAAAAUCUUAUAUAUAUACAUAUAUACGCACGAAUAUUAUACGCAUAAACGAGCAAUCGAGGACGUGUGGGGACAGUUUUUUUUAAGUAUAUUUGUUCGUUUACUUAUCUUUGUAGUGCUUUGUGUAAAGUGCGUGUACGUUGAAAAACAAUCGUUCUUUUGUUUUUCUUCAACUCGCUGCGUCCACAUUGUCCUCGUGUCGCAUCGCACCGCGUAUCAUUGUCGUGCGUGCGAAUAACGAAAAAUUAUUACGCGCUUGCAACUCUGACAGAUAGUGUUGCGUGAUAAUAAUAAACUUGUCGCGUAUUGCCGUCUAUCUUGCGAUCGUCGAUACAUCUUGACCGUGUAGUCUCCUCUCAUUGUUAUUUUAUCGCACGUUUCAUCAUUAAUCGUAACUGCCAUCCUCGAAAAAUUAUCUUUGUUUUGUUCGUCCAAGUAAACGUGACGUAGUGCGAUGAUUGUAGUGAUGGUGAUGGUGAUAAUUAUACAUUGGCAAUCGAAAUAAGCAAUAAUAAUAACUAAUACGAUACGGAUACCGUCGUAGAAGGGAAACAAGAGAAGGCGAGAGAAAAAGGAAGAAAAAAAAAAAAAAAAAGACUGCUCGAGUGAAAUAUCGAAUAGAAUAUACGGACGAAUAGUCGUAUGAGAAAAGAAAGAUAUUCUCAACAUCGAAUCGUUCCUUCUUCCUUCCACGGAUCGAAUUUUUUUUCGAGUGCAGUGUGUAUCAUCGCGGUCACAAAUUAAAAGUGAAGUGAUAAGAAGAAAUUUGUUGUAAUUCUCGGCCCGCAAAAUGGUGCCGCAACAACAAGAUAGUCCCUCUAGUUCCGGGAUACCUAUGUUUGGAUCAUUGCUUGUGGAUAAAAAUUCGGCGACACCGUAUUCGGAUGCCACGCAAACGAAAAAGAACAAUCCUAAUCACAUAAAGAGGCCGAUGAACGCGUUUAUGGUUUGGUCACAGAUCGAACGUAGAAAAAUAUGCGAGAUUCAGCCGGACAUGCAUAACGCGGAGAUCAGUAAACGGCUCGGAAGACGUUGGAAAACGUUGGACGAAGCUGAAAGAAGACCGUUCAUCGAAGAAGCGGAACGGCUGAGGCAAUUGCACAUGGUGGAGUAUCCGGAUUACAAGUAUAGACCGAGGAAAAAAACUUCGAAGUCGGCAACGUGUAUAGGGCAAAAAACAAAAGAAGGGGGGGGAGGUAAGAAGCUGAGGAAAUCGGGUUUGUCAUCGAUGGGAGGAGGAGGAGGAGGAGGAGGUGGUUCAAUGUCGAGUAAGAAUCACUCGCGGAAUCACGAUAACAACAACAACAACAACAGCAACAACAAUUCGGAAACGAGCGGCACAGGGAAUAGCGUGGGCGGAGGAAUAGCGGUGAAAAGGUUGCAAACUCACUCGGUCGGUAGCAAACCUGUAUCGCGUUUAAAGGUUAGAUUGGCGUUGGACAAGAGACCUCCUCUCGAUUACACACCUAGUCCACCGAUCGUCACCGCGAAAAUACCGAGCAGUCCAUCCUGCGUUACACCGGAUUCGCCGGAAUCCGCGAGCUUUUACGAGGAUAAUUUGUUGGAAUGUGGCGGCGGGUCGACCGUCGGCAGGCUAAUGGCUAACGACAACACGGAUCGUCGCGCCACCAUCAGAGCUACGCCGUCUACCGUUGGAAAAAUGAAGCGCGAGCCCAGCUUCGAGAUGGAUUACGAAAGCACGUUCGAGCCGAAGGAUCGAUUGCUAUCCUCGGUCGGUCCCGUUACCUUCGCCGCUUCCGUGGAGGAUAUGGAUCUACUUUCGGACAAAAGUUUACGCGUGCGAACACCCCGUCACACCAAUAAUCAUCAUCACCAUCAUCAUCAUAAUCAAAAUCGUAGCGGUGACGACGAUCAUCGCCACCACCACCACGACCACAACCACCAUCACCACCAUCACAACCACAACAACCACAACCAUCAUCUGGAAUGUCGAUCGAACUUUCUGAUGAAAGAAGAUUCGGCAGCAUCGAACAUCGUGGGAGCGGCGACGAGCACAGGGACGACCACCACGACCACGAGCACGGGGAGAACAACGAUCGAGACGAUAGACGGAAAGAUGAAGAUGGAAUUGAACGGCGAGGGGACGGAAAUUGAAAUGGAAACGGAUUUGUCGGCGGCGGCGGCCGUGACGAGCACGGAUAGAAACAGGAGCGACGCGGCGGGAACGGAACAACGAGGAGGGCGGACGAAACACUCGAACGGCGGCGCCACCGUCGUUAUCGGCCCGGCUGGCACGAACGACGAUACCAACAGCGCUUCCACGAUCAUCGACGCUCCCAAUAGCAUGAUCGGGGAUACGACCAUUGCCGCGACGGUCGUCAAACUCGAGGAGUCGGCCAAUAAUCCGAGUUUGGCCGAUCUUUAUUCGUUGACGGAUCUGUUGCAGAUACAACCGUCCGACUUCAAGAUCGAUCUAGACAUGGAAACGAUAACCACAGACCUGGAUACGUUCGAAACUGCUAGCUCGAGCAGCGGAUCGCACUUUGAGUUUUCCUGUACACCGGAUGUCACCGACAUGUUGUCCACCAUUGGCGUAGGUUCCGACUGGGUUACCUUUUGAGAACGUCCAAUAAUUUCGAUCUUUUUCGGUGCGAAAAUUCCAAUACCGCCGCGUAUACCAUUCUACAAAUCCGGAUCCAUCGAUUUUCUCCUUCUCUGCCCCAAAUUGUGCCCGUAAACGGAUUUUCACGACAAUCUUGAAAAUACGAAAAUACGCAACAUGACAGCAGGUCUUUUUGUACAUUUUUCGUGUAGUAUAUUAGAUAUAAGAUCUUUCUCUUUUUUUUUUUUUAUAUAUAUAUAUAUAUAUAUAUAUAUAUAUAUAUUUUUUAUUUUAUUUUAACGGCAUUAUUAUACACAAACAAAAGGUGGGAAGAGGUCAUCGAGAACUCGUCCUUUUUCGCAUCUUUGACGAAGGAGAGAAAAAAAGAAAAAGAAAACAGAGAAUUGGACGCAUACUAACGAUCGCCGUCAUUUGGUAAUUGAGAAACGAGAGCGUAGAAAGAAAAAGAAACGAACGUUUUCUCGUUUGCUCUCUCUCCUCCCUUCCAACGUGUGAGAAUCCUCCUCGAUACCGCGUCAAACGUUUGAUCUCAUAUUUUUUUUUUCUUUUUAUCUUUAGCUGGUACUAGUUUUUUUUUUUUUUUUUUUUUUUUUUUUUUUUUUUUUACAACUUAAUCAUCAAUCCACGCGAUUAAUUUUAUCGAUCACGAUUCUUCUCUCGAUACUACCUUCUUUUUUUUUUUUUUUUUUUUAUAUUUUCGUCGAUUUUUCCAACCGGAAAAAACUUGAACACUAUUUCACUGCCGGAUUCGAUCGUAGACACUGUAGACUUUUUCUUUAUCGAUUUUAUUAUUAUCAUCCUUUGAUUUGCUCAGCAACGUUUAAAGUUGAAAAAAAAAAAGAAAGAAAGAAAGAAACCAACUGCCAAAAGAAUAACAUAACGAUAGCUUGUUUCGUUCUCAUAGAUUCUUCGAUCGAAGAUAUCAAUUUCCGUCAAUAUCGACCACACGUUUUUUUCUUGGUUCGCGCGUAUUCGUCGAGAUAUCGCGAGACGUCAUGGCAAAAUACGAACACGUACGGAUACGUUUAUAAAUAUCGCUGAACGCGAUCGAGAAUAAGUUAUUUUUUUUUUUUCUUUUUUUUUCUUUUCGCAGAUCCGUCGUAUAAUAGGAUAAAAACGUACGUAAGAUAUGAAGGGCCAAAGUUAUUAUAUUACCCAUUUCCUGCUAGAUUUCGCUCUAUAUUUUAUAUCCCGUUCUCCCGCAUCGUGCCUUCUCCUCUCCUCUCUCUCUCUUACUCUAUGAUUCGAUAGGCUGUGAAAAAUAUUUUUUUAAUCUAAAGAUAUCGAUCAGUUUUCGAGAGUACCUAUAUGGGAAAUGGGUCGAGUGUCAAUACGACGAUAAAAAGAGGAGAGGAAAAAAGAAAAAAAGGGGGGGGGAAAUAGUUGCAGUCGCUGCGUCGUCGACGGUUUGCUUUAAUUCGAUUAGAUUCGAUAUUCGUGUCGUGUCGUGUCAUUGCGUUGCGCGAAGAUAAGAUUCUUUUUUUUUUUUUGCAAAGUAUAAAUAUACACACACACACAUAUGAAAUGAAUUCGAUCCGAUCGAAUUGAUUUUUUUUUCUUUUCUUUUCCAUCGAAAGCGAAAUCGCACGCGCGAUUCUCUCUCUCUCUCUGAAGCGUAUAUAAUAACGUUUAUUGUAUUGUAAACGGAUGAAUAUAAACAAUGUAAAACGAUGACCACGUUGAACGACUUUUUCACCGAGAAGGAAAAAGAGAUGAGGAAAAGAAGAGAAGAACGCGUGAAAAAGUAAUUCACCGUUACGUGUUUGUUAAUUUAUGCCAAUAGCUAAUGUAUAAAAAUAAACGAGAACACACACCAAAGUGCAAUAUUAUGUAUGAUUGUUCCGCAAACGUGCAAAUGAUGGGUAAAAGAAUGAUUAAUAAUCGGCGACGACGACGGCGAACGAAAAGCAAUAAUAAUACCCUCCAGGUUUUCUCCUUCACUUCGACCAACCGCAUCUCUCUUUCUUUCUUUUUUUUUUUUUUUUCGAACGGUGAUCGAUCGUCGUCGUCGUCGUCGUUGUUACUUUCGUCGGAUAGAAAUUUUUUUGCCAACGAAGAAACGUGGCCAUUAAUUAUUUUUGGACGAAAAUAUACGAUACGUGCAGCGAGAUUAUUCCUUUUUUCGAAGAAAAAGAAAAAGGAAAGAGAUACAAUGCGGGUAUAAUGCCAACGCGUUGAUAAUAACUUUGAAAAAUUCACGAAUGAUAAAUAAGUUUGCUCCAUUGUUUUCUCCUCCUCCUCCUCCUCCUCCCCCUCUAAAAUCGUUUUAUCGUUUCGUUGCUUUCCCCCCCCCCCCCUAUAAUCUCUUUUUAGUUUAUUUUAUUUCGAAUUGUUACUCCUGAUCCUCUAACGAAACUCUUCCCUUCCCCUCCCUCCAUAAUAUCCAUAAAAAUUUUUCGAGUCGAUUUUUCGAGCGCGAAGAACGAGGAACGCCGCGUUAUCCAUUUACCAGACGCACGGCGAAGAAAUCGAAGAAGACGGCGAGAAGCGAUUUCUAACACAUGCUUGGAGAAUCGUCAACAACACUGGUCACAAGUUUUUUAUAUCUCAUAUAGGCUUAAGUCUUUUUUUUUUUUUAUUACACACGAUGAUAAUGGAAUUAGUAUAGUAUAUGAUAAUGAAACUAACUUGUACAUUUGUAUCUAGCCCUUUGUUUAUAAUACUUAUCACCUUGUUAUUAAGUAUCCCAUUUAUAUAAUUUUUUUAUCGAACUUAUUAAAAAAAAUAUUUAAAAAAGA